GCAUGAUGCGGAUGGAUUCGUGGCCGGGGUCGCUGCUUGAGAGCAGAUGCUGGUGUAAGGUUAUGACACCGAUGAAAGUUGUUUCAUCAUUUACAUAAUUACUUCAAUUUGUUCUAGACGACCGGAUAUAAUAGAUAAACGUGCGUUACAAUGGCUACGGAAAUAGUAGAGAAGAUCCUCGCUCUCAUUGGGGAUAAGGGUGAGAUCGAUACAUUGGAUGUAGCAGGAGUGUUACAGGAAGACCACCAGAAGGUAAUUGGAGCUGUCAAGAGUAUUCUUGCCUCUGGUGAUGUGAUUAUCGCUGAAGCACAAAGCUCAAAGAAAUUAGAAUUGACUGAUGAAGGUAAAAGUGUUGUAGCAAAUGGGAGUCAUGAAGCCCUAGUGUAUCAGGCAGUACCAUCUGAGGGUAUUGCUCAAGCUGAAAUCAUGAAGUCAGUUCCGAAUGCCAAGAUUGGCUUUAGCAAAGCAAUGUCUGCAGGCUGGAUUGCAGUUGACAAAAGCAAAGGCACUCCUAUGGUCAUACGUAAGGUGUCCGAAAUUAAGGAUUUAGUUCGGGACAAUCUCCGUCUGAUUGAUGAAGGCCAAGUGGGAAAUGUUGCGGAUCCAGUGAAGCAAGAUUUCAAGAAAAGGAAACUCAUUCAAGAAAUUGUUAUUAAAAGCUUUCUUCUCAAAAAAGGCAGUGAGUUCUCUUUGUCUUUGCAAAAAUUGGAAACUGAUCUCACUCCUGAGAUGAUAGCAACAGGAUCGUGGAAAGAAAAGAAAUUCAAACCUUACAAUUUAGAUGCUCUUGGUACCCCCCUGGAAUGUGGUCACUUACAUCCUCUACUGAAAGUUCGAAAGGAGUUUCGUAACAUAUUUCUUGAAAUGGGCUUUACCGAAAUGCCUACCAACAAUUUUAUUGAAAGCUCCUUCUGGAAUUUUGAUGCUUUGUUCCAACCGCAGCAACAUCCUGCAAGAGAUGCUCAUGAUACAUUUUUCCUGUCCGAUCCCCAGAAGAGUAAUAAUUUCCCUAGUGAUUACCUUGAAAGGGUAAAGAAAGUUCAUAGCUCUGGCGGCUUUGGUUCUCAAGGAUACGGCUAUGAUUGGAAGAUUGAGGAAGCUCAGAAGAACUUGUUGCGGACCCACACAACAGCUGUCAGUGCAAGAAUGCUGUACAGAUUGGCCCAAGAAGGUUUCCGCCCUGUCAAAUACUUCAGUAUUGACAGAGUAUUCCGGAAUGAGACUCUGGACGCUACUCAUCUUGCAGAGUUCCAUCAAGUUGAGGGUGUUGUUGCAGACUACAAUCUUACUUUAGGAGACCUUAUUGGUAUAUUAUAUGAAUUCUUCAAGAAAUUAGGCAUAACUCAGCUUGAAUUUAAGCCUGCUUACAACCCAUACACAGAACCAAGUAUGGAAAUUUUCUGUUACCACAACGGUCUAGGAAAGUGGAUUGAAGUUGGAAAUUCUGGAGUGUUCCGGCCAGAGAUGUUGUUACCUAUGGGACUUCCAGAGAAUGUUAAUGUUAUAGCAUGGGGCCUCUCCUUAGAACGACCAACAAUGAUUAAAUACGGCCUUAAUAACAUCAGAGAUCUUGUUGGACCCAAGGUUGAUUUGCAAAUGGUGAAAGACAAUGCCAUUUGCAGGCUGGAAAAAUGAUCAAAUUAUUUUACAAAGUCUUAACUGUGUCAGCUUGUUUGUUUCUCAUUAUUUAUUGUAACUGUCAAAAUGUUAAUUUUUCCUGCACAGAAUCUUAAUGAAAAAUUUCACUCAAUUUUUUUCUUUUCUGUAUUUUAGGGUUUUAUAAUGUUAUGUUUUGUAUUAUUGUUUUGAACUGACUCAAGGUUCUAUCAUUAAAUGUUGUUGGUAUGACAUUUGUAUCCAUGUAAUGCUAUGUAAAGACAUAACAACAUGACAAUGUUGUGCUCUUGAGUUUGCCAUGUCAAAUAAAUGAAAUGUGAUGAAAGAAAAA